UUGGUUUAGCGGAAAGUGCAUGUUUUUAGCCGUGUGUUGAGACGGAGCACGAAGUGUGUUGUUUUUCACGCGGUACCGGCUUGUGUGCGCUCUUGAAUAAGGAAAUAAGAGAGCACCAAAGCAAGCUGUGCACGCACGAAGCGGUGCAGACAGCGACAAGUGAGGGAAUAGAGCACGCGGCCGAUUGCGAACAUUACGAUCGAUACGAAUGGAUUCCGACCCGGAGGUGGUGCUGGUGGAAAAAAUUGAAGAAGACGAAAUUAGCGCCGACAAGGACAGCGGCAUGGAGUCGGCCACCGGCAGCAAGGAUGAAACACCGGAGCGUAAGCCAUCCACCCCGGAAGAGGCACCUAAGCAACCCGAGCCAGUGAAACCAGCCGCAGUCCCGGAAGCAGCACCGCCAGCUGCGACAGUGCCACCGGCAGCUCCGACUUCCGCGGCACCACCACCCCAGGCUGCCGCAGGACCCUCCUCGUCAGCGGCCUCUCGGCCAUCCACAUCUGCAUCGGUUCCGCAGUCGAGCAAAACGGUUGCCAGAACAACAGAAGAUAACUUCGAUGACGAACCGGACGAGACGCUCGGAGAGCGACUCUGGGGCCUGACGGAAAUGUUCCCCGAACCGGUGCGCAAACUGACCGGUGGUGUGACGGACCUCACGGUGAAGGGCGUGAAGGGGCUCUAUUCGCUUACCUGCAACGCUUCCUGGAUCUUCUUUACCAGCUCCAUGAUUCUGUUCGCACCGGUCGUGUUCGAGGUGGAGCGCGCUCAAAUGGAAGAGAUGCAGCGAACGCAACGGCAGCAGGUCCUACUGGGACCGGGCUCGGCAGUCGGCAGCGGGGGCCCCGGAGGCAUCCCGGCCCUCCCACCGAUGGCGGCCGCCCGAUAAGCGCCCAUCAUUGCAAAUAUGCGCGCGCGUCCCAGUGUAGAGUGCCGGCUAUUUUCCGUUUUAGUUCCUUGUUUUGUUUUGUUUUUCUUAACCGCCUCCCUGCAUGACUUCUCCGGUAGUGGCCUGCUCCGCGAACAGAUCGACCCCGAGUUCAGUGAACUAGUGUGGCGCUCACCACGUGGAAAAGAUCCUGAGGGUGUGUUUUGCUGCGUAGUUUCUACGAUCCUUGAGGCGUGGAGUUUUUUCCUCGCGCUGUACCAAGUUAGCCACCAUUGCCAUCACUUGUCUUGGGCAUUUUUAUCGUUGGUUCAGGGUUGUCACUGCAUUUCGAUGGUGGGAAUAUCCAAACCCGCCUGCUUGGAUCGUAUAAAGGGAGGGCCAGGAAUUCCAAACACAUACAGGUAGACACACAAACCUACUCAAUUUGUUGUAUUAAGUAAAAUCUGUGGAUCCAGCGAAGGGCAGAGGACAAGACUAAUAAAAACAAAAUCCAUACACUUCUAGUGCGGUUUA